AUGUUUGCUUUGAGAAGGCAUAAAAUAGAAUUCCAAGGUCGACAGUUACGCAUCUUCCCAUCCACAGAAAAUCCCCAUUUAGGUAAAUUCAUGAUAUUUAUGUCAAGGCAGAGGAUGUGUGUGCCCUCUAGGACUAAUUCCUGCAUCUUACAGAAUCCUCACAUCCUUAAGGCUUAGAAAAAUUGUUUUUGAGUCUCAGUCUCACGCAAUUUCCUCUUUGUAACAAAGAAAAGGCUGGGUUUACAUAUCCAAGUAUAGAGCUGGUUGGAGGUUAAAUUCAAAAGGCAAAUAAAUUUAUAAAAGGCUGGUAGAAAUUGAAAUGAAUACCCUAAAAAAUAGAUGAAAAGUAAUAAAAAGUAAAAAGUUGUGAAAAGUAACAGCAGCUGGGUUAAUUAAUUUCCUCUCUUCUUCAGGUCAGUUAAAAAGUGUUAAAAAAGGUAAACCUGUGGCUUAUGCAUUCAGUGGAAUCACCUCCAAGAAAUCCACAAGAUAUGAUUGCAGAGGGAAAAAAUGCAACAGAGGUCCUGCUAAAAGUUAUGCAAACAACAAGAAACAAAGCAUAAGAAGUUCAAGAGUCCAAAAAAACGGAAAUAAGAAGUUGAAAUCAUCAUGGAAUGAAAAAGGAACUGAAAGGGUUCCAAGGUCAAAUAACAUAAGAAAAAAGAAAUAUGCAACAUUGUAAGACUCUUGGAGUGAUGUUUAUUUUUUUUUGUCUAAUGUUCCAGAAGGGGAAAUUUUACAUUCAGUAACACACAAAAAGAAAAAAAACUAAAAGAUAGUGGUUGAACAUAUAUCCAUAGGAAUUAUUAAAAUUGUACAUUCCUAAUAAUAAAAACUAUCAGAAUAAAAUAGUAUUCAUUACAACCUACCUAUUAAUUUCCAUGCAAUUCUAUCAAAAUCACUGGAAAAGUUAUCAUGCAAUAACACCCACUUGCAUCAAUAUUUGUCUAGUACUGAUUAUUUUCAUAAGAAAAAAACAAAGCCAGCAGAAAAAAGCCUGCUCAAGUGUUGCACUCUUAUUUCUUUAUUGCUUAAGAAAAACAAACUUAUUGUGUAGAAUCCAGUGGUAGUGAUGAUGAAAAGCUCGUCCCAAGUACUGCUACAGAAAGCACAAAAAAGUCAACAAAAUUUGCUGUCAAUGCAUGAUACAAAGAUUAAUAGGAGGGUUAUAAAAAAACCUGCUUCACCUAGCAGCUAAAUAUUCAUUUCUCAGACAUCAUCUCAGUGGCAGACAUCAGUUGACAUACCAGCUGCCAGAAAGGGGCAAACUUACUAAAUAUGGCGCUAUAAAUUGUGCAACUAUUUUUCUUGUUUUUCUCAAGUUUUAUUGUUUCAUGUCUGACUUAAGUACUCAUAAUUUGUAUUCUAUUAAUGUUGCUACCUAAGAAUGUAAAUUUUUAUUCACUUAAAGUGAGCAGUAGCCUAUUUCUGAAGCAGCUAUGCUACCCUCACAAGCCCAAACCAAUAUUUUCAAAUUUCAAUUUGCUGAUUAAUAUGGCUAACUUAUAGCAAACUUACAGAACAAUAGUGUAUGCAACAAAAACAUUCUGUUUACUGUGACUUUUUUUCUGGUACUCAUGUAUCUGGGCAAAUAGGAAGUGAAGAGAAGGGAAUAAGUUUCUAAAGAAACUGUAGUGCUAUGCACUGGGGGAGUAUAACAAGAUAAUUUUGGUUUUAUCAACUGAGUUGAUAAUGUAAAUUGGCCGCCAUAAAGUGUUUCAAGGCUGAUGUUUUGAGCUUUAGCCCUCCAUCAGAACAAAUAGAAUACAAGAAAUAUAGGAGGUGAAAUAUCAAGUUAUCAGGGCUGGUGUAGUAAGAAGAGCUAGUAUACAUCUGUACAGCCAGGGUUAGAAUUCCUUCAGCCUAUCUCUGUUAAAUUUAAUGUUUGUAUUGCAUUGUUUGGUGCUUAAGCGACAAAUAUUCUGGGUGCCAUGUUUCACCAAAACUGAGAUUUCUGAAUGUUUUUUAUUCUUUCUUAGAAUCAUCAGGAUCACUUGUAGAGAACAGAACAGACUGUGGACAUUAUUGACUUAGAUAUGAAAGUCAUCUUAGCAAUAAUAAACACUACCUGAGCAGUAAUGAAAAUAAACCCUGAAAAAGUUAGGCUUGUACUGAUUUGAACCCAUGACCUCUGCAAUACCUAUGCAUUGCUCUACCAACUUAGCUAACAAGCCAACUGGGAGCUGGUUAUAAUGUUGGUUCCAGAUAAACCGUGAAGUGAUGAAUAAAUGACUGUGAAUAUAUGAACAUCAUAAAUGUGAACUGCAGAUAAAGACAUGAAUAUGAAAGCGAUCUUCACAGUAAUAAAGACUAUCUGAGCAGUAGUGAAGAGGUCAUGGGUUCAAAUCCCAUACAGGCCUGAAUUUUUUGAGUCCUCAUUUUUACAACUGCUCAUGAAGUGUUCAUUACUGCAAAGAUCCCUUUCCUAUUCACGUCUUUUUUCACAGUUCACAUGUAUGAUUUUCAUAUAUUCACAGUCGUUAUUGACUUAAUUAUCAAUUUAUAAUAGAGAUAAUGACAUGUACUUACAGUAGGAAAUCUCUUUGGUUUUGAAGAGUUGGCCUUACCUUUAAUACAAAAUCUCCGCUCUAAAAAGCCAUUAUUGUAAGUGAAAUUUCUGGGGCAUAUAUCUACAGUAGCAGAAAAUUUAUGUAAACCGAAAAAUAGAUUAUUAUAGUAAAUUUUAACUAGAUAAACAAGUGUUAGAAAGAGGAGCAACAGCAAAAAUUUUACAAGGAAGUUGCGUUAUCGAAUCAGCUUAGUCUUCUCAGAGAGGAGGAAACGUCAGAAAUCAAGUUUCCCGCGAAUUUGAAGCAAGCGGAUGUUAUUGUGGUACAGGAAGUGGAAUUGCACAAUGAAAUAUGUCAACUCCAGCUUCGAUUUUCCGUAUAUGGUAGGGGCUAAUUAUUCACUGAAGGCCCAGUGGAGGAGGCUCUGAAUGAACGGACCAAUCAACGCUAAGGACCCCCCAUGGCCCCUGGUGAGGAGGGUAAGUCGAGCGUCCUUGUGUUGUCGGCCAUCGCAAGUUUUCCUUCAGUUUGAAGUUUUCUUUUUGAUUUUUUGGGUGAUCGUGGAUUCGGAUUGCUAAGCCCAGCUUACUGGGGUCUUAGGACCGUACAUCAAGAUUUGCUAUGGUAAGUUUAUCAAGCUUUUGUUGUAGUUCCGUUUGAGUGGUAGAAUUUUUUGUAAGCCCUUCAUUUAUUAGAUUAUAAACUUAAAUUUUCUUUGCUUCAAUUUAACCUUGGUUUCUAAGCUUUUACUUAUUUUACGGGUCUCUUGUCUUCUAAAGGCAUCACUGAUCUGACUCUAGCUAAGCUGUGAAAUGUUUUAUUCUUACUAAAUUAGGCUUUACGAUCUUCAUGUGCUUAGUGAUACACUUGCUUGAGGCAUGGAAUUUCAUUUAUACAUACAGUAAGGAAGAUUCUUUUCAAAGAAGCUUGAACCUCUCUGUCCAAUUGCUCAUGCUUUGCACUUGUUUACGAUACUAUGGAAUCUUCAGAGACGGUUUUGAACUGUAUGUCUUUUCGAAAAUAUAGAUAAACUUCUCAACCUUUUCGAUGGUGCUAGACGAGUUGAAGGCGAAUAGCAAGUUUGCCUUCCUUCUGAUCCUUAACUGCUAAUGUUUGUCGUGGCAGUUCAACGAACGAAUAAGUUUAUCUUUAACUUUAGUUGAAUCCUACCUUUUGUGAUUUGAAUUCUAUUUGCUAAUACGGAAGAGUAAAGAACAGCGUACGAUUUCGUAGUGUUAAGCAUGUUCUGUCAAUUUUGUAGACUUGGUCAGGUCGUAUUGUUUACGAAUCUUCAUUCGAAGAUUUUUAGCAUGCUUUACUGCAACCACGUACUCAUUGGACACGAUUUUAGAGCUAAUUAAACUCAACAGACUCUUGUAAUUUCAGUAGUGGACAUUUUCUUAGUAAUGUUUCUUGUUUCCUACGGUAGAAAGUACGAAUAACUUUAACUCGUUUGAAGACGUUCUCGUGUGUUGACUUGACAAAAAUAACGCCAUACUCCUACCAUCAGAUGAUGUUCAGUUGCAUUUCCACUCUUCAUAAGUUUGCUUCAUUUAGCAGUCAUUGCCAUUGAUUAAGGCAGUACAUUUGCUAACCGCUGGUUUUAUGUCAAGUCAACAUUUAAACUCAGUGAAUUUGGAAUAAGAUCAUCUAUAAUUUAAAGCAAAUCUUUGCUCACGUCAUUUAGUGCUCCAAACCUCGUUUCUUUUCGUUCUUUACCUUUCGACAGGCACAGUCUUCAGAGGAACCUCCAUUCUUAACCGUAGGUACUGAUGUCAGUGCCAAGUAUCGAGGAGCCUUUUGUGAAGCCAACGUGAAGGUCGUGAAGAAGCUUGUCAAAUGCAAGGUUUGUGAAAAUUGUGAUACUUUUCCUGUACACUGGAAACUCGUUUGGAUUCUUGCCUUACAGUCGAGGAAGAUAGUGCUUCUUACACUUGUUGUGACUAUAGAUCAUUGCUCUUUUCCUCUGCAGAUUACCUUCGCCAAAACAAACACUUCCUUCACGAUUAAUGAUGAUUGCGUUAAAGGUCCUUUGAAGGUAAGUUCUCCAUCCCAUGUUUAUUCAACAUUCUUAUUUUCAUCAUGAUGAUGCGUUAAGGUUAUGUUUUUUCCUGAAAGUGGUGUUCUUACACAUCUUAAUUGUAACUGUGCUUCCCUCUUAAGGUAGGAGCAGUUGUAGAGGCCAAAAAUCCCGAUGGACAGUACAUGGAAGGGAUGAUAACCAAACUCACCGAUGCUAGCAUAUAUACUGUUGGUAAGGAAGCGUUUUUCCUUGUCUAAGUUGAUGCAGAAGAGAGGCAAGUUUUACCGUGUUUUUGAAACAAAACAAGGCUUUAAUUACGGACAUGUUUAUUUCUUUUAAGUUUUUGAUGAUGGUGAUGAAAGAACGUUGAGAAGGACUUCUCUGUGUUUGAAAGGAGAACGACAUUUUAACGAAAGCGAGGUGGGUGUUGAACGAUGGAUCUCUGUAUUCUUUGGUGAGUGUUUCUCAGUAUUGCAUCACUUAUCACCGAGAUGUGUGUACACAUGUUGUAUCUUCAUUCUUCCUUACAGACUCUUGAUCAUCUUCCCCUUACGGAUCCAGAGAAUUUUGGUACCCCAGUAGUACAGGUAAGUGAUUGUACAAGUAAACUUUGAAAGUGUAUACUUAAAAAGUUUAGAAAAUAAUUGAGCUUGGACUGUUUUUUGGUGUGAAGAUGGGUACAUCUAUUUACUUAUUACAUAUCUUGUACAAGGUUCUGUCAGGUGUAGAAGAUAUACUAGUGCACUCUAAAAGGUGGACAGUGAUCACAUUUUUGCUGAUUCUUGGAAAGGUUCCUCUUACUGAAAUUGUACCGAAUAGGGAUUUAUGUGGAAUCUUUUAAUUUAGUUGUGGUUGGAAUUGUGCAGUUUGAGCACUUUUAAAGGACCUGAAAAAAUAUCACUCACUGUCUUUAAGUCAUAUUGCUACUCUCAGAUGCAUAGAAGUGGAGUUUGGAAAAAAUGUCAUUUUUUGUGCUGCAGAAUUAGGCGGAAAAUGAACUUUGCAAGUUUUGAUGAACUCUGCAAAAGUUAUUUUGCCUUUUGAUGGAACAAAAUGCAUUGAACAAAUUUAGUGGUCAGGUGUUGGAAACAAAUUGUUAUUCCAUAGUUUAAGUGGAAGAAACUUAUCAGAAUGGAUUGUAGAUGAGAUAAUUUUUUGUGCGUGUGUUUCAAGAUAUAUUGAUACAAGCUUGAUGCUGUGCAAGAUAUAUUUCAUAGCCAGUAAUUGGCAUUAUUGCAGUGUUGACCACUUUGGUGGUUGUCAGCUGUCUUCUCCUAAAAGGAAUGAUUUUGGCAAUUGAAUGGGGGGGAUGAAUUACCUUUGUUUGCCUAUGAUAAAAGUUGGUUUCUCUGAAGGGUGCAUAAAUAUUUUCUUCUUCCUUCUUGAGAUAUAAUGUAUUUAAAACAUGAACUAAGAUACUUUCUUGGAAUUAUUUCCUUCCUUUGCUAAUAUUAACUUUUAUACAGUCCUCUUAAAAAGAGUUGUAAUGAAAGUCUAGAUUAUGAUUUCAGCUGGACCUGAUUUGCUUUUUGUUGAAGUUUAGAGUGAAGAGUGUCAUGUAUUUUGAUUUAAUCAAUGAAACUUCUCUCAUGUGUUAUCUUUUUAUUUUUCUUAUAAGUUGUCUUGAUUGAGUUUUAAUGUAUGUAAUAGAUAAUCUCUUGGUUCAACCUCUUUUGUAUCACAUGGCAUGCACAAUUCUUGUUGCAUGGCUAAAAAAAAUUAUUGUGUUUGUUAUAUAUUACUACCCAACCCACCAGUGAAUCAACAUGUUUUAGAAGUGGGUUUGAUUACAUUAUGGAGGCUAGAUGUUUUCUCUAUCAAUGCACCUAUGGCAUAAUUUUGAAUGUCAUAGCCUUCAGUAGUGAAGUUUUGAGGUCUUUUUUGUUUGAUUUCAGUUAUAUGAAGUGACCAUGACCGAGUAAAUAGUUCUCUUGUUUUAAAAUAAUAAUUCUUCAAUGGAUUGUAGCUUUAUUGCUUUUUGUUUGUGUCCUUGAAAUUGGUAUAUUAAACGCCAGCUAUUUAUAAACAAGUUAUUCUCAUUUUUUUAGUGGUUAGGGGUUAAUGUUACCAUAGCUACUGCAGCAGCUCUCAAGAACACCCUUUUUUUUUUCUUUUAUUGGGUAUAUCUUGAAUGUGACUUCUACUCUCCCCUUUCUCUUCCCCCCUCUCUCCCCCCUCCCCAAGUUUGUUAACUGUAAUGCCAGGUUUACCAAUUUAGAUCCUUAUGCAGUGUCAAAAUAAUUUGUAUAAAUUUAGUAGGGCCUCCUAAUUUUUGGUGAAUGUAAGUUUUCUCUAGACCUGUUGACACAGAGAUACUGUGCAAAAAGAUGAAUAUUGCAGAUUCCCAUUCAGUGAUAAAUAUGCCUCUGCAUUUCAGGAUGGAAAGAAAAGGAAAAAAAGAAGACUAAGUCAAGCAGCAAGGUAAUCAGGCUAUUCAGAAAUAACUGGUGCUAAAUCAGAAUUGGGAUGCAUGGUUACAGUUGUGAGAUGACAUUCAUGGAUCAUGACACUACCUAUGAAAGCUGUCUUGCUCCAUGUUUGCCCACAAAUUUAUGUAGGGUUACAAUUUCCACACAAGCCUCCUUUGAUCAAGGAAAGAGAGGAUCAGAAUCUUUUUUCUCAAAUGUUUGGCUUGGUUGUACAUCACUGGGUCCCACAGUAUAGUUGAGAAGUGUGACACAGUUACAAGUGUUCAUAGAUUUCUACUUAGUGUGAGGGUUGCAGUAUAGUCAUGGCCUCUAUUUGGUUUGUCUCAAAAUACUCUACUGUGUAUUGGAGGCACAUGGAUGUUUCACCAUCAACAGCAGUUUAAUUGAUUUGCAUGUUUGAGUUACAGAAUACAUAUGCAAAAAAGGAAAUUUUAGGAUUUCCUGAAGCCCUUUCCCCCUAACUUAGACUUUGCACAUGUUCUUUCCUGUGAAAAUAAAGAAAAGGACAUGUUUUCUUGUGUCCAAAUUAAAAAGGAACCUAAUUGUCUUAUGAAUGGUUAGGCUGUUAACCAUAUAGAGGUUCAUGGCCUUUUGGAAAUUGCUUGGCAGAAUAACUUAGCAUCCAAUUAACACUGGGGUGAGUUAUUUGGUUAACAAAAUUUUGUCUGCUUUUAUUAGCAUGGAUGACUCUGAAACUGAACGAGAUGAACAGCCACUUGCUUCUGCAAAGAAGAAAUGUUUAUUUGAUGACAGUAUUGUUGGCAAGGUAAGCAAGCUACUUAUGGAACCUUAGUUGGUAAUAAUAAUUGGCAACAGAACUUUAUAUGCUUUUUUUCUUUUACAUUAGCUGGUAGUUGUGCAAAGUGGGUCAAAGCGAAGAAGCAUGUGGUUUCCAGCUUUGGUAAGUUUAUGUAAGGUUUCUUCAGAAAAUAAAUGCACAAAAUUCAAUUUAUUUGACAAUUAGGGAGAGAGAUACACCUAAGUCUUUCAUAUUUUUAAACCAUAUGUUAAGUUUGAGUAGAUGUUAUCAUCCUCAGUUUCAAGUGAUUGUUUGCUAAAGGAAGUGAGGUAUUGUCUCUUAAAAGCUGUCAUGGGGGUAGAACAUUUUGAUCAGCAGAAAUUAUUCUUUUUGUUUAGGGUGUUAAUCCAAGCAAGAAUGAGGUGGAUUUGAUAAAGUCAAAAGAUAAAUGUCUUGUACGCUCUUUCAAAGAUGGAAAGUAGUAAGUUCCUUACCAUGGUUAAAAUGUACUAAUUACUAUGAAUUUAAUAAAUGUAACAGUAGCUGUGCUGGUAAUGAAUAACUUUCUUGAAAGGAAACUUAGACCAUCCGAUCAGGAUGCAGAUGGUAUCUAAAUAUGUGGUAUAUCAUUUUAGAAAGGGGAUGGGUUUUAGCUGCUCAGGGAGGGGGCUUUAAAUUACCAAGUCUGUUUUAUUAAUUGUCCCUCAAAUAUACUUUUACUGUGUAUGGUAUUUUGUUUGAUGUCAAUACACAAGGAGCAGUUACCUGCAAAAAAAGUUAAGCUCUGUGCUGCUAGAAAGUAGGAGUCAUUAAACACUCUAUCACCAAAAUUAAUUGACACAAUUAGUUGGAAGGAAGCAGAAGCAACCAUUCCACAGCCGCCACAGGCUCUUCUCAACACAUGACUGACAGACCCACUGAGUGAGAAAGGUGGGAGGGAAAUUAAGAGAAAAAAGUGACACAACAAGUUCAGCAGAAGCCAAUGGAUUGGUCCUCCAUAGAUCCCUUGGGUCCCCCUCAUUGUCUUGGUUAAGGUUUUGCUUAAAGAACAUUUCAUCUCAAAGUAAUCGAAAUGCAAACAUUGGAAUGGUAGCACACGCCAGGGCGUGAAAUUACGCCUAAUACAGGCGCCAAUGCGACUAAAUUUUUUACUUUGGCGACCAAAUUCUGAAAGUUAGUCGCCAAAUUGGCGACUAGAACGUUUCAUCAUAACCUUACCAAGAGAUAUAGUGAAUUAAAAAGAUUUGCAAAGAUAAAUCCGUGGCUUGUUACCAAAAUGUAGCAUGUGCAUCUCAAUCAAUAACUAGACGCCAUCUUGGAUUUAGAUGAGCCUGAACGUUGUAUAUCAUCCAUCCUAGUGUCCACUUUGUAGCACGUUAAAGAUGUUUUCCCUAACUUAAUUUUGGAGGGUCUAUCUAGAACACUGACAGCGUAAAGAAAGAUUUUGUUUGUCUUUGAAAAUGGUGACCAACUUUUUUUGAAUUGGCUACCACUUUGAAGAAUUUAGGAGCCAAGUGAUAAUCAGAAAAAAAAGUUAAUUUCACGCCCUGCGCGCAGAGGAUAUUCUCCUAUCAACACUGAUAGGAGAAAAAAAAAACUUGUGAAGGUCACUUGUUAUGGCAAUUUUUACCUGUUAGCACAGCAGUUAAUCAUUUUUUUUUAACAGAUUCUGUAAAGUUGUAGACAUGGAGAACUAAACUUAAUGGCUUACACUAAACAUAUUUGUUUCCAACUCUCCAGUCAUGUCAUAAAUGUCAAAGAUGCCAGAGAAUUUUCAAAGGAUCAAGAUCCAAUUCAUGGUGUUGUGAGAGGUGAAAACAGAAAACUGAAAGCAGGUAUGUACACAAUCCAAAUUCCCAAUUUAUGAGAUAUAAUUGUUUUUUUGUGAGACAAAUCAUUUGACAUCUAAAGUUUCCUCAUUACCUUUUCUGUGUGCUAGACAUAAGGGUGUUUUUCAGUUGGAGGUAACAGCUGUUUUUUGAUUUGUUGUGGCACUAAUUUUCUCCUUCAGCUGUGGAAAGAGCACUGGCAUAUUUGGACACUGGAAGAAUUCCAGCAAUCUGGGAGGAGAAUUCUUGUGAUGUAAUAGUUCAUGGAGACAGUGAGGAGGAAACAAAAAGGGUGCAAUCUUCAGAGGAUGAAAGCAGUGUGGAGGAUGAUGAAGAGAGGAAAACAUUCAGACAAAAGCUAUUUGCAUUCAUGGAAGAAAAGGGUUGGUUCACUUCAUUUACACCUUUGCUUUUUCAUUCCAUGUUCAAUUAUGUUGUGAAAGGCUUCAAACUGUGGAAAGUUAAGGGAUCAUUAGCUCUGAAAUCAUAGCCAAUUCAUAGAUCACACUACCACAAAUCAAAUAGGAUUAUUUUUCCCCAUAGAGUCGUGGCUAUCAUACCUUAAGAUAUUAAUUACAUUCACAAGCAAUUUUUGUAGAUGCACAAAUAGUCAUCCAGGGUGAUUGCACUCCUGGAAAUCCAUUAUAUUGGCUCCCCAGUUAGAUUGGAGGAGGGGUGAAUUCACAAUUUUAACAAUUCUUGAGUGCCAUGCUGAAACAAAUAAUCUUUUGGCAUAUUUUUUGGUGUCCCACAUAUGUUAGUUGUAGUUGUCCUAAGAGAAUUUUGGGGUUGUGUGGCAAUCUUUUGACUACACCUCCUUACCCCUUGGUGAUUGGUGAUGCUUUGUCGGAUAAAUGCAUUUUUCUUUCCUUCUUUUUGAAAAGUGAAAAAGUGCAUUCUUAGAAUCUCUCUUUCUCCACAAACAUUUUGGUCAAAAAUUAUUGGAAGAACAAAUGUUUUUUCCUUUUGUUUGUAUUUGUUAUCAUAAUAUUAACUUGUUUUGAAAAAUUUAAAACAGUGAAACAUGUGAAUCAUAACAUGUUAAAAGCCAUAAAUUAUUCUUAUUGCCUUUAAUAACAAAUGAAGUAGACAAUUUACCAUUCAAACUUUGUUAUCACAUUACCAACAGGAACACCUAUAACUAGACCCCCAGUGUUGGGAAAUCAAGAUUUGGACCUCUACAAACUUUAUAAGAUAGUUCAAGAACAUGGAGGCAUGGAGAAGGUUGGUGGUUGCAAAAUGUUCUCAUUUUCUAUUGUUUUGCAAGUGAAGUUACAUGUAAGAACUGUUGGUGUUACCCUUUUCUCUGGUUAUUGAUGUUUUUAUAUACUUGAUUCUUAAUUCUACUUGACCUCCAAGUCAUGUACCAUACAUCAGAAGUAACUUCUGAAAUUUUUCUAGUAAUUUAAAAGAGCCCAAAUGUCUCAAACAAGAUGAGCAAUGCCUAUAUGGGGUGAGCAUUUAAUGUACUGUUACAGUAGUAUUCUUUUUGUUUAAGUAAUUAUUUUCGGCCAUUACAGGUUUCCAAUGAGCACAACCUUUGGAGGACAAUUUAUCGGCAAAUGGACAUUCCAGUUGUUCCACCAAGUGCAUCACACCACAUUAAAAUGUCAUAUAAGAAGUAAGGUUAUCUCAUUCUCACUCUAUCAAUUUCCUUUGUUUUGUCAAACUAUGUUAUUGAAGAAUUUAUUUUAAUGUUUAUUUCCCUCUUGCACUGAUUAGCUCUGCUGUUUAAGGUUAUUUUGCGAAACGGGGAAAACAAAUUGACAAUAGUUCAAAAAGUCCAAAAGUUCAUCUGCAAAAAUUAGAAGGAAAAGUGGACAAAGCAAGCUAGGGAAAAAGAAAAGCUUCACUUCUAUUUCCUCCAUGCAGGCUCUCUGGCCACCAUUCCUGUUUUGGCCAUUUGAUGAGGAUUAUUAUUUCUCAAUGUAUUGCAAAAUGUGACAGAAACUCUGCUUUGUUUUGUGCAGCAAGACACAAUGUAAACAAAAUAUGCAAAUGAAGAUCACAGAUGAAAGCCCACAGAAAAUGUAAACACUCUGCUUGAGGCCUUUCCAGCUUUGACACCUGUCACUCUUUAGUGAAGGUUCCCUUAAAAAAUUCUUUCCACCAUAUCUCUCAUUAUUCCAGAGAUUUUGUAAAAUUAUCGUCAACGAAGUGAACUCAACUGCUUUCUCUGACUAGAGAGGGGAAAAAAUAAAUUUUAAAAAUCUCAACCAGAUUUUAUUGACAGUAACUUAUAUGAUUAAAUAAGAAAGUUUUCUGAGAUCUCAUGUUCUCAUUUCUUUUUUAGAUACCUUUAUCCCUUUGAACAGUAUGAAAAAGAAAUGCUAAAGUCAUUUCAGAAAGAUAGUGUUGGUGAUAGGAGCAGUAAAGAUUCCAAAACUGAAAGUCCAGCAAGUUCCCCAGAGAGCAGCGAUGAAAAACAUUUGGAAUGUCUAGAGCCUUUGCCAGAAAUGGAUGAUGAUGAAGGAGACUUAAAGAAGGUGGAAUGUAAACAAAGCACCAGGAUUAGAGAAAUGAAGCGACAGCAGAGUCGAGAGCAUGACAAUGGUUUGGUAAGUGACUCACAAGCCAAAAGCCCAGAGGAGGAUGUUUCAGUUGAUGUUGUAAACAGUCCUGAGUCAUCAUCUGAUGUUAGUGAACCACAGUCUGACAGUAAAUCUGAUAUACCUUUGGAUGAGGUAUCCUUAGAAGUUGGAGAUAAAGUGCAAGUUAAGUAUGGGAGAGGAAGAAAUCACAGACACUAUGAUGCUAAGGUAUGAUGUAAGAACUUAUAACCCUUGGCUUUUUUAUUGUUUUUGUAGUGUAUUUUUGAUAUUCAACAAAGUUUCACACAGAAUUAUCAAUUCUUUUGUUUUGCUUUAAUUUGCUUAGGUAAUACAAAGGACAGUUGCACAUAAUUUAUUUUAUAUGCAUUGUAUUUUUAACUUUUGAUUUGAGAGAUUGGAUGUAAAUUUACUUUAAGGCACAAUAAUCAGUCCCAAUUUUCAUGCAUGCAACAAUUUAGCUUAGUGGAGAACUGCCAGUGUUCUUGGUUAGAGAAUUGUGCAUUACUUUCAAACUGUAUUGAUGCGAGAUGAAAACCAAAAAAUCUCCUUUAGAUGGUUAUGCAGAAAGUGGUUUGGUAACAAGAAUUUUGCCUAAAAGUUCGAGCUGAUUUCUUUGAUUAAGCUGUUUUUUAAUUAGAGUUGUUAGGACAUUGAAAACAGUGUGGAGACAUUUACAUAUUCUACAUUUUACUUUAAAAGAUCAUCCACAUUGACCCCAAAGCUGAAGAAGGUGCAAUUUACUGCAUUCAUUAUGCUGGUUGGAAUAAUAGGUUUGUAAACUUUAAUUUUAGGCAGAUUUGAACUGAUUACUGGAGUAAAUGGUAGCUUUAGCAGUUGAGUUUUUUAUUCUAAACUCUUCAAACAUUGAAUCUUUGGGUCAUUAGUUGUGGUCACCAAAAAAACUUCCAAUCAGGGAGAAUUGAAAAGUAUUUCAUAAUUCUUAAGAAUAUCCAAGAUGUUUCAUAAGCAUGUCACUUUGUUUCAGUUAAAAGAGAGCUUAUCAGUGCCUUUGAAUCAUAGGAAAGUAUAUCACAAGUUUUAAUGAAAUUAUUAAAUGUUUCCUGGCAAGAAUUACCAGCAAGGUAACCAUUGUCUCAAAAUCAGAUAAUAAACAAGGUCAAAACAAAUGAAUACCAUGAAAUGGAAACAAGUUUUGAUUUUUUUUAUGUGUAGAGAAGAAAUUAAAGUGUACAAAAUAUUCUGAUAACUAUGAAAUCUUUGAUUGGCUCAUGCACAGGUGAUUAAAUCUGAAGAUCCAUUCUGCAUAUACUCUGGCAAUGGAUUCAUGUAAAAUUGUAUUAAACCUCACAAUAAAAUAAGAGACCACUCAGAUAUUGUCUUUUUGGAACCAAAACUAAUCUUUUUUCAACAGAAACAAAAUCAGAGCUGUAAAGUUUGGAUUUAUCAACAUAUAAUGUUUUUCUGAAAAUCUUUGCCAUUAAUUAGCAAUCAUUAUUGUCAUUGUAAUUAGAAAGAAAAAAUUGUGCCACUCAUAAUCAAAUGAAAAAAGUGAGGAGGAGGAGUGAAAUAGCAAAACCCUACCAAGGGUGAAUUUAUCAUCAUCAUCUUUUAUUUGCCUUAUUUACUAAAUACAAAAAUUUAUUUGCAACAGUUAUAGCUAGUAGGUGAGGAGACCCAGGAAGCCACUGGGCUUAUAUGAGAGACUCUUUUAUGUUUCCAUUGUAGGUAUGAUGAAUGGAUUAAGCCUGAGAAGAUAGUGGGAUGGGGCACAAGACAGACCAGGAAUAGAAGUGGCAGUUCAAGCAAGGGGCAAGAAUCUACUGGAAAAUCCACCCCAAAGCCAAUGACAAGACCCACUGCUAAACCUGUUGGUAGAAGGUCAUCAAAACCAGGAGCUGCAUCAGCCAAGGAAACACCAGCCAAGUACUCAGCAGCAUCUAAUGGUACCAAGAGUACACUGAAGAGACCUUGUUCACCCUCCACAAGGUCUGGAUCACUUUCGCCAUCACUUGGAAAGUCUCCUAAAACCAGUAGGGGAACAAGCCGUACACGGUCAGAAAGGAAUUCAUUGUCAGAGAUAUCAAAUGGACUAGAUGAAGGUUUGGCUUCUACUGUUGAUAGAGCAACGAAAAGAGUUUUUGUACAUAAGUAAUCUGUGGGAAAUGUUAAGCUUCAUUUUGCAGAAGGGUUUCAAAACCGAUCUCCUCUCCCCCCCCCCCAGAAAAAAAUUGAAACAGUUGAUUACAAAAAGAUAAGGCUAAAAACUAAAUGUCAUAGGAGGAAUAGUGUGCAAUCAAUGUUUAAGUCUUAAAAUGGUUGUUUGCACAACUAAAAGAAAAAACUUGUUGCCUCUUAACAAGGAACAGCUGAGUGAAAGUUUUCAAGUGGAAGAAAACUAAAUUUACUUCUUUGUGCGACUUUGCUAUUGUAGAUAACCUUUAUGGGUUAGUGAGCAUUAACCCCAUAAUCUCAACCCAGUUUACUGAUAUUGUAGUUAGUAGUUUAGUGACAUUCAUUAAAUUAAGUAUUUACAAAGCUUAAGUGAAGAAAGCUUACAUAACCAGUCAUCUAUGCUUAGUUCAAACUUUUCAUGUAUUUAUCUUACAGACCUAGUCAGGUUGACCCAAUAAUUAAAUUCACUGACUUCCAGCUUAAUAAGUCAAACUUAACCUAAGUGAAAGUUAAGGAUUGUGGACCAAAAACUAAAUUAUACUAACUUAUGAGUUGCACUUGGCACAAGCAGCUUUACCUUUGUAUUGAAAUAGCUCCACUCUCCAACUUUUUGUGGACAGUUCUUGAACUUCUAAAAUUCUUGUGCUAACCCAAAUAAGAUAUGUGGAGCUAAGCGGAUUCAAAUGUUUAUCUUGUUGUCUUCUUUACAGAAAAAAUUAGGUGGGUUACAUUUCAAUACAUGAAAAGUUAGAGGUUUAACUCAGGGUGGAUGAUGACCUGUGACUUUCUCAGCUGAAAAUCCUUGUCUAAUCUUUUGAAUCUCUCAGGCUUUUCUUUAAGAACACCAUUUACUCCUACUCUAAGGCAUACAUUUCUGACUAAGCAAAGUUAUUGCUACAUCCCUUAACAAUUUUCUGUCAUGAGUGAACUGCCAGUGGAAAGUUUUGUUUCAAAGCCUAGAUUUGUUCAGAAAGUUGGAGAAAAUAGUGCAAUAGUGUCAAUUAAUUAUGCUAUACUUCUUUGCUUUAGUGAAAAGUCCAUUGUCAAGAAGAAGGCAAAAGUCAAGCACACCAGAACCCUCUUCAACUGGUAACCACCAUGUUGUAUCAUACUGCUAAUCGGAUUAAAACCAGUCUUUUCAAAUCUUAAUUUCAAUCUUUUAUUAUCCUCUUGUCCAUACUUGAAACUUUUUUUUUAAAUUCAAAAAAGUUCUUUGGAAAUAGUAACAUCACAAAGUGACACAUUUUUCUCAAGAGGAAAUGCUAGGUGCCCAAAAUCCUAUCAACAGAUGAUAAAUGCUAAGACACUCCCUUGGGGAUAAACUUCAGACUUGCUCUUACUGUAGAAAUAAUCUAACCUUGAGAGUAAUUUUUCUUGUUUUCAUAAUUGUCUUGCUUAUCAGGCAUUCCAGGUAAACUAUUUGACUUAUACAUUUGCUUUAUUUAAACAGAACAACAGAGCAAAACUGCAGAUGUAUCCAAUCAAGUUCAGCCAAUCCCUGAAACAAUACCCGAAGAAACAGAAAACAGAUCUCUGGAAGAAAAGGAUACUGCUGUUACCAAUAAUGAAUCUAUGGUUGAUCCAAAAAUGGACACCAUUUGUUUCGAAAAUGGAGUGCCAAGUGAAAUGCAGUCUAAUGCAGAACAAGAAUCUGAGCACAUCUCUAGUAAUUCUAAUGGGAGAAGGAAAGACAAAAAUAAAAGAACUAUAAAUGGUUUAAUAAAAGGUGUUUCAUCUCUCGAAAGAGUGAACAAAGACUCCAAAGACGAAAUGGAAACAGUGACUGAAGCUAAGAAGAUAAAACUAGAAAAUGAGAAAAACUCACAAAGCAAAGAGGUGGAAGACACCUUGAGGGUUGACACUUUAGCAAAGAUUCCAAAUGUUCCUCUUCAAACACAGGGUACUGCGACUACAAUGGAAACAGUUUCGGAGUCUUCCUCAGAGGACAUAAAGCAAGAGUGUACCAAUGAAUCUGCCUCUUCGGAGUCCAGUCACUUUGAUGAUGUUAGGACAUUUGAUGGGCCAGUUGAUCGUUCUCUACACAGAGAUACAAAUGAAAAGGCUCAUGAACUUAACAGUAAGGAAAAAGAAAUUAAAUCUGAAAAGAAAAAUUCUGAACAACAUCACAGGAAACAUAAAAAAAGGAAGGAAAGGAAGAAAAAUCGUCAUGCAUCUGGUAAUGACAGCACAGGAAGUGAUGCUCCUGGAAGCCCAGGAUAUAGCCACUCACAAGGUUCAUUUUCAUCUCCCAGACGCCCUAGAAUAUGUUUUGACAUGGAUUUAGGUAAGACUUGAACAAAAUAAGUCAGUCACCAUUGUGCUUUACUUUGGGUGUUUUCUCUCUGUCUUAAAGUUAUUCUUUCCUUAAUUUUUCAGAGCAAAUUAAAGCAAAGGAAGAUGGUGGAGAACGUAUUAGACUCCUUCAAGACAAAAUUAACGAAAUGAGGAAAAUUUAUAGUUCUCUUAAAGCUGAGGUUGCUAACAUUGACAGAAAACGGAAAAGGCUAAAAAAGAAAAGAGGUAUAGUCAAUAUCAUCAUUCACUUUUUACUAUCCACAUGGUAUGGAAAUUACUUUGCAUUGUUUAGACUUUGUUCUGCAUGAAACAUCAUUUAUUUUAAGUUGCUGUUGAUGUUAGAUAUACAGCCACAAGUCAGCUGAAUUUAAACAACUGCUGAAUCCCUGAAAGAUGAAGUGAACCCAGUGUAGGUGGAUGAUUGGAACCAUGAAAGUCGAGGGUGGGGUGGGGGGCUAAAUCGAGUUACUCUGAAAAAUAACUGAGGUAAGAACUCAUAUUAGACUUGUGUAGCAUGAGUGAGUCCCACUCAUCUCUCCAUUUGUGACCAGUUCUUUUGCAUCAUUGCCAGCAUCUAACCUCCCCAAAACAUAGGCAAAAAAUGCAGCCAAUUUCAGCAGGCUAUAUUGGAAUCUACACCAACAACAUCUGUUGUGUAGGAGUAGUUAUGAUGUGAUACCUAUGAAAAAAGGCUUUUGUCUGUCUAAAGCAAGUGUGUGGGUAGGAGCUGCAGAGCUGGAGAAAAGAAAUAGAUUUGUAGUUUCUGGGCCUUCUCUCCUACUCCCAGGCACCUAUGUUCAACCCCAUAGCUCCUAUUUUACUUGGGUUCUGAAUGGUGAUGCAGAGGCAGUAGGAGUGUAAACAGACAGUAGAGGUGACAUGGUUGCCACUGAUUAGGACAUAUUCAGGGAAAACAAUUUCCUUCCCAAUCAGGGAAUUGCACUUUGAUCAGGGGAAAAGUUGCAUCUUUGAUAGUAAAUGCAAACCCCUUAAUCCUAACCAGGCCCUCUUCAUGAUGGAAGGUGCUGACACUUUUCACUGUUUGCAACUGUUGGUGUUGAUUCCAGGCAUUCAGGUUCAGGACCAAUUUUUUGCCUUAUAAUAUGUGUUUGUAUUUCAGAAGCAGUGGGAGUUGAACAGGCUCAGGAUGUAAAUAAGUCAAUGCCAUCAUCAACAGCAUCACAUGCAGUCCCAUCUCCAGCCAUACCACCUGUAGAAUGUAGAUAACAAGGGAAUUUCAUUGUUGGUAUUUUUGCUUGAUUACUUGUCAUCCUCUCUUCUAUGAUAGAAUUUCAACGAAGUGCAUUAACUUGUAAUUCGUUUUAGAAGUGUCUGUACCAACAAAAUCAAAGAUGUCGCUUAUUAGUGAGUAGAGCCUCUAAGAGCAUGGUGGAAGUUGGUAUCAUUUUGACAUUGUCGUUACCAGUGCAUCCAUGGUUUUCUCUCUGGUGAAUAACUUUCUUUUUUUAGAACCAAUGAGUAAGUGUGGACAUCCAAAUUAUAACACCCCAGAUAGAGCAUUGUGAUACAACCACCUUCAUCCCUUUCCCCCUCCAUCUGGGGAAGUAAACCUGAUAUAUUUACAUCAAUAGGAAUUAUGGGACUUGAAAUCAAGCAAUCUUAUUAGGAUCAAUAUCAGUAUUUAGGCAACUGCCCCCCUACCCCUCCCCCAACUCAACAACAGUUAAUUGAUAACAAGUUAGGGUUAAUGUUGGGUUAGGGGAGGGGUAGGUGGGCAGUUGCCCAGAUACUGAUAUUGAUCCUCUUAUUUAAUAUGGAUUUUCAAUAAAUAUUCUUAACUAUCCAACAAGAUAAGUUGAUAACGGUUGAUCAUUAUAAUUGUUUUACAUGCACAUGUAAUGAUGAUGAUGACAACCUGCUAAACUCACCUUUUUAUUUGUACAAUACUUCAAUGUCUCUGGUGCCCUCAACCUGUGGACAUUUUGAAUUAUGUAAACUUCAUGUGCAGUUGUAGACAUAUAGAGAUAUUAAAGUAUUCCAAAUAAGAGUUUUGAUUAUAAUGCACUCCUGUAUUUGAAUUAACGUGCGUUUAUUUUAACUCCGAAGUCGUCGACAAAAUCCAGUCCUCUUUUCGGUGAUAAUCAGUUCAUACUUAACACUUUAUAUGACAUGGCCCUUACCAAGUGGUUCUCUAAUUACUAAAUAUUAAUUUCAAUUCAGGUGCAAUAUUUUUUUUCAUCUUAAUAUCUCUGCCGCAGUAUUUUUUAAGGGCAGCGGCUUAACUUUUGAAAACCGUCUGCCUACUUCUGAGAGGUGGAGAGUGAGUCUUGUUUUUAUCUCAAGAAUGUGAUAUUUUUGGAAUUGGAAAGUUCACUUUAGUUUUGCGUGUUGAAAGAUAUCUUGUGCCUUGUGUGAAGUGGUCAUGAGAUUGUGGACUGCUCAAAGAGGGAGUGACAAUAAUCAAACACUCUUCAUAAUAGUUACUUUUAGAUUGUGUGUAAGUAAUCAUUAUGUCUUAUAAUAACUUGCAAAAAAAUAUCAGUUAGGUACAUAUAUUAUGGAGAUGUAUUUAUGAAGGCCUUUAGUGUGUUAUUUUACAUUUCGAAUUACCACGGGCUUCUUCACGCACAAAAAAAGUGUAUGAAGCAAAGAAAUAGUAUUUAAACUUUUUCAAGUUGUUUGGGAAAUUAAGCUUAUUGAAUUAAUGUUUCUGUAUGUAAAAAUUGUAUAUUUUGUUUAUUUUUGGUUAUUUUAUUGUUAACAACUCUGAUUAUGUCGGUUUUUAACUGAUUUAAUACAUGUUUUUAUUUGUCAGUUAUCAAGCAGAUGAAUUAGAUUUAACCAUUUAAGUUACGUC